UCGAUUAAAGUCCAUCCCAUUUCCGCCAAACUAAAUUAAAAAUGGGUCGAAUGCGUCCGCAUGAGCAAAUGGGGCGGUGGGGGGAGGUUUGAAUUGAAUUAAAGCAGUAGCCAUUUUUGGUACAGGAGCAGUCCAGGGGAGUAGGGGUUAUUUAGGUUUUAUCAUUAGGGUUUUAGCAGUCUUCGUCUUUUGGAGUGUGCAGCAGAGCAGUGAGUGAGAGAGGGAGAGAAUGAGUGCGAUGGAGAAGGAAGUUGCGGGAUUGACUUUGGAUGCUUCUGUGAAGAACCCAAGGUGCUUCAUGGACGUCAGCAUUGGUGGAGAGCUGGAAGGGAGGAUCGUGAUAGAGCUCUUUGCUGAUGUGGUGCCGAAGACGGCCAAGAACUUUCUUUCACUCUGCACUGGUGAGAGGGGCAUUGGCCCCAAUACCGGCGUUCCUCUCCACUUUAAGGGUUCACGUUUUCAUCGUGUAAUCAAAGGUUUUAUGGUUCAAGGUGGAGAUAUUUCUGCUGGUGAUGGAACUGGUGGAGAAUCCAUCUAUGGUUUGAAAUUUGAGGAUGAAAACUUUGAGUUAAAACAUCAAAAGAAAGGCAUACUAUCAAUGGCAAAUUCUGGGCCAAACACUAAUGGAUCACAAUUCUUUAUUACUACUACCCGAACACCUCAUCUUGAUGGAAAACACGUAGUAUUUGGGAAGGUAUUGAAAGGCAUGGGAGUAGUUCGCUCGAUUGAACAUACCCAUGUUGGUGAUGGUGAUUGUCCAAUUGUUGAUGUUAUAAUUUCUGACUGUGGAGAACUUCCUGAAGGGGUUGAGGAUGGAGCUAUAAAUUUCUUCAAAGAUGGUGACAUGUAUCCAGAUUGGCCUGCUGAUCUUGAUGAGAAACAUGAUGAGGUUGCAUGGUGGAUAAAUGCUGUGGAUGCUACCAAAUCUCUUGGGAAUGAGUACUACAAGAAAGAGGAUUAUAAGAUGGCUGUUAGAAAAUAUCGCAAGGCUUUGCGUUACUUGGAUGUCUGUUGGGAGAAGGAAGAAAUUGAUGAAGAAAAGAAUGCAUUCUUGCGGAAGACAAAAUCAGUGAUUCUCACUAACAGUUCUGCACACAUUGCCUUGAAUGACAUUGAUGCUGCGGUCGAAAGCUUCAAGAAUGCUUUGGAACUCGAGCCAAAUGAUGGAGGUAUAAAGAAAGAGCUGGCUGCUGCAAAGAAAAAGAUUGCUGAUAGGAGGGAUCAAGAGCGAAGGGCCUUCGCAAGGAUGUUUCAAACUUCUGCAAAGUUUGAGCCUAAUAAUGAGGAUAGGCAUCUAUGAAAAAGUUUAUUUUGAAACUGCCAGAGGCCCUUUAGAUUUGUUGUCCGCAAGAGUUUUAUUUAUUUAUUAGCUGAGGAGCAAAUUCACUGAUACAAUUUGAGCAGAACUACAAAAUCAAUUUACUUGUGAUCUUUUACUUUUUUGUUACCCCUUUAUUUGUGCUUUUUUUGAGAGGAACAAUUUCAUGUGCAUUGCUGCACCUGCAUGUUUUAUAUUUGAGAACUUUAUUUUUUAUGGGCUGCGUUGUAAACAUUCAAAUAUAAAACAUGUGGAGGGAAAACAUUUUUAUA